CUCGUACCAAAUUCCCAUGAAACUUCAUGAACUCUCGUCGUUGCUACAACAUCAACCAAAUUCCAGUACUGGUCCAACAACGUCGCCUUCGGUGGUUUGGCCAUGUUCUGCGCCGACCAGAUGACGAUCUGGUCAAAUCAGUUCUAAAUCCCUCACCAUUACCAUCUUGGCGAUGUCGCACGGGUGGACAGCUGAAAACAUGGCUUGGUACAGUCAAGGCUGAUAUGGAGUGCCUGGGGCUACAAACCGUCUACAGACUCCGUCUGUGGAACAAGAAUUGGAUAACCCUGUCGCAAAACCUUGCAUCAGAUGGCCGCGCCUGGGCAGCGAUGAUUCGAGAUGUUCAUGAAGCCGGCUCAUCCUCCCGUAGGAGAUAGCCGAAGUAAAUCAAAUCAAAUCAAAGCACG